UCCACUUUGUUGAAGAACAUGUCCACUAACAGCGACCCCAGAAGGGGUGACAGCACUCCUCCUUGAUGGUAGCCUCUUAAUGUUUCUCAGGGUUACAGUAUCCCCUCCCAGUGACAGUGCCUCUGUCCGGCAACACAGUAUUUCAGUAAUCCAUUCCAUAGUUGACCGCUCUAUACCAGUUGCGAUAAGCUAAUUUUAACUGCUUAGGACUUCUUUGGUGUACUGAAGGUUACCCAUUUGAUAAGGCACGUCUUUUUAGGGUUGGGAACCACCUAAUUUCUUACAGCUUGGGAAUUUUAGGUAGAUUCAUUACGUACAAGUGUACGUCUGGAUAUCGAGGUGUUUGUGAUCACCAAUAUUUCCCCUUUUUUGUUCUAGAACUCGAUAGAGGCACUUUGACACAGGUGGAGCAUAUUCUUGUACCCAUAAAUUUCUCCGCAGAGGGAAUAUUACCCUAGGUGCAGUUUCUUCCUCCUUCUCUGUGAUGGACUGACUAAAACUUCUGAUUUUAGUCAAAAGCAAUCUCAACAUUCUAUCGCACUAGUCACUCCCAAGAGUUGGAGUCCGCUUUCAAUGUGAGGAUGUCUAAAGUUUCACUGUUCAUUCGAAUGAGUUGCCUCCAUCCAGAGGUCGAUGAGUUUUUUUUAAACCUCUAUCAUUUCAAGAGUGAAGUCAAUCGCGACUUAAACACUAUGCCAGAAAUAUUCCAGAGCCGUAAGUCCAUGUGGGAACUUGGGUUAUUUAUUUAUUUAUUUAAAAGCUCACUCGACUUUCAAAUUUCAGUAAGCCUUUUCAUUGUCGUCGAUGGUGCAGAGACCGGAAACCCAACAAAUUGUGGUGAAUGGGCUCGGCCUCGAUAGCCUCGAUGAAAGCGUCGCGGGUCUAUCUUCCGGUUUCUGGACCAAAGCUAGCACGAUAGCCGACGCCUUGGCAGAGAACACCGAGCAUGGCGCCGGUAGACGGAAAGAGAGUCCAUCCCCUAUCCCGCUUACUCCUAUGCCGACCUCAUCAUUGAUCUUGGAGCCUCUUGGUAGCCAUCAGCUUAUAUUUGGACCUGGCCUUACUGCCGGCAGCGCUGACCCUCAGCUCUGUAGACAAGCUUGUAUCCGGAUUGGGCCCGCGAUCGUACCACGCCCGGUCACAAACUCGGUGUAGACGGGCGAUUGGUGGUAGGUCCACGUCUGUAUAUUUGCGGUGUAUCUCGCUGACCGUCCGCAACACCAGCAGUCCUCUCCGAUUGUCCGCUCCAAAAAUCCCAGAGCUUUUCUGGCGACCCAACAAAACGCAGGCUGCUUCAGCAGGCGUGCUGGGAAGCAGGCCAGAAGCAGUGCGGAUUGGCCAGUGAUAUAUGGGACUCAAAAUAUCGAUAAAGCCUUCCAUAUUACAGGACGUCAUCUCAACCCCGUAAAAUAUCUUGCUGUGGAUAAACGCCUGGCUAAUAUGCAGUGCGAUACAAUUGCAGCGGUUGUGCUGAGAACUAAUAGUUUUAAUUAGCCGCAACCGGCACUCGGCUUUAAUCCGUUGAAAGUGUGGCAGGAAGGUAAGACGAUGAUCUAUGGUUAUCCUCAGAAUCUUUGAUUCUUUUGCGGUAGGGUGCCACCACCCCGUCCAGCAGGAUCCCCUCCCUGUUGCGAUAUGGUUUGUGCUGCAGAAGUGCAUAAUCACGCUUUUAGUAGAUGACAUGUUAAAGCCGACUGAUGACGCUCAUCGGCUCACCGCACUUGCGUUUACGACGGGUUCGUACGGUGGUCUUUCCCAUCGCGACCAGCACGAUGUCAUCAGCGUACACAAAGACGUAGCUGCCCGUCGGCAGGAUAGAGAAUAAAGAGUUCAUGGACACCAGGAACAGUCGUGACGGCGAGGACUGAUCCCUGGGGGACUUUGUUGUCCUCCAAAAAGUCGUUGGAUUGGGCACCCCGACUCCUAGCCGAAAGGUGCGGUUAGACAGUAACGCCACACGGUAUUAUAAGCCUUCGCCAUGUCAAGUAUAGCGAUAUCGGCAUGCAGGCCAUCAAUUACGAAUUGACAUAUCACCUCUCCAUAGCUGGCGAGAGAGGCACCCGUUACUGCUCCACGUCGGAAUGCAAACUGUCGUUGAUUCAAGAGUUUACGCUCCUGUAGUAGCCGCCUGUUGACCAUUCGCUCCACCGACUUGGCGAGGCAGGGGAGCAGGCUAAUUGACCGGAAAUCAUCCGGCGUUCUGUUCCACUGGCUUCGCUUUGGGAUAGGAAUUACUAGAGCUUCCUUCCGUGAGGCGGGCAUCGGUUGUCCACUCCAAAUGCGAUUAAUGCUGUCCAAUAUCGCCCACUUGGCUACCGGCGGGGAAAGUUCCAGUAGGGGAUAGCCAACGUCGUCCAGUCCGACAGACUUGCCGUGUACCGAUUCCAAUGCCGCAUAAAGUUCACUUCCGGUGAAAGACCGGUUGCACACUUGUCCUGAAUCGGAUUCGAAGCAAACGGGAUUAACCUCAGUCCUAUGUUUGAUUCGUAGGAACGCAGGUGGGAGGACGGGAUCUACAGACAGGGAAGUGAAGUACCUGUCUAGGUCGUUACCGAUAGUUUGGGGAUCGAUCGUUGUGCACCCGUUAACAGCAAUGACGUAGCCACUGUGUCGGCGCUUUCCUUUUUGAGGGCGUUGACUCUACGCCACAGCUCUGAUGUCGAGGAGUCUGGGGAAAUACCUUCGAAGAAUCUGGUCUAGCCGGUGUUUUUUGCCUUCAAUUGCUCUGCUGGCCUCGUUUGUGGCCUUUCUGAAGUCAACCGCUCGCUGACUUCGGCGCGGCUCGUUUGCAGAAGUCUUCCUCAGUGUCAGUAACACAGUUCGCUUCUUCUAUAAGCAUUGCGUUCUUUAUCUGGGACCGUUCGAGGUUCUUGGCGAGACAUGGCUAUGCUGAAUUGUUGUUAUUGUGUGUCUGUCUUUGAUUUUGAUUGUUUCCACGAUGAAUGGUGUUUAUGUGAUAUGCUCCCACCUGGUUUUCACCGACCAAUCAGAAUUAGACUCGGCCCGAAUCUCUGUAUCGAUGGGAGCCGUCGAACUUCGUUGCUUCGUGGAGGUUUGAAAUUGUAAGCCCUAAAACCAUUCAUUCUCCGACACAAAUCGCAGAGCAACGCGUUUUCGUCGCUUAAAAAUGUUCCACUAUUCCGAGAUGCUGAUUAGUUUCCAAAUUCCGAUUUCCGAAUAUCCUUUCAAAAUGAAUUUUGACAACUUGCAGUUGUCCUAAUCCUACGUUACUCAAAACUUAAAGCCAUCGACAAUCCUUUUUUACUGCUAUGCAUCCGCUGUAUAAUGGAAUUGAAAACAUCGUCAUACCUCAGGUGACUUAUGUACCCAUGGAUAGUAACAUCGUUUCAGCAUUUCAACAACAAAAAACUUUCUUUUGUUCACAAAACCAAGACGGGUUUCCAAUUCUAACGCGACAGUGACGCUACCGUUGGAAAACUGAAUGGUAUGGGAAAUAAAAAGAAAAAUCUCCCGUCUACCAGCGAGGACGAUAUCCUCAUGUGCAAAACUUUGGCCAGUUUAUGGCAGAUAACAACGACAAAGAUCAACAACAACAACAACAGAGCUGGUACCACAAAAAGCGGGAGCCCAUCGAAAGGUCGCUACACUUAAACUAAGAAAAAGAUAAACAAACGAAAGAAAGAAAAACAAACCUAAGACGACAAAAACCCAAACUUACUGCAAAACAGCCGAUAACUAGCCUGUAAUGAAGAUAUUGCUUACUUCAAUGUUUACCAUUUUAAGUGUAAACAUCUUAGAUAAGAUAAUUGCAAAAAAUACUUAGUGCCGUGCAUUUUAUAGAAAAAUAUACUAAAAAUAAAUAACCAAAAAAAAAUGUUGCCACUUUACCAGAUAGAUUAGAAUUAGCUAAAAAUACCAAAAAGAUAUUCGUUUGCAUAUGUCCAUUUUGAGGAUGUUUUUCUUUCAAUCUAUUAAGAACCGCACGGUAAAUUUGACCUAUCUACAAACUUAGUACUCCAGCAGUCCUACUGACCACUAAGAAUCCUUCAUGGCUGGGACUCGAACAUACGACGAGUGGCUUUUGAGACCAACGCCUUACGCUCUGAAGCGUCGGAUUUCACCAACAAAACAAUAAUUUCUGGCGAUUUCCACCACCUAUUCGGCAAUAAUGUCUAGCAACCUUCUGGGUACUACUCGAGUACUUAUUUUCUAGAUCAAUCCAGUUUCCCGUGCAAAAUGUGCUAAGAAAUGCAACAGUUUUCAAUUUUUUAAAGUACAUACAUGUCGCACACUUUCUAGUUUUCGAUUCUAAUUUCUACAAAACACGAUAACAUUUGAUCUUUGCUACGUUAGUCCGCAUGUCGCAUCGCCGCCAAUCAUACAAACUGUAGUUAUAAUGAAACCACCCAAACAAAUUAAGUCGUACUAAAACGGUAAUCUCGAGCUUUUAUAACUAAAUGCGAUUGUUUCUAGAGCAAAGAGAAAAAAAACAUUCUAACCAUUCGAAAGAACUAAGCAUAUGAGAGAGGCUAAUGUAAAAAGUAACCGUAAGAGAUAGACAUACAAAGAUUACAUACAUUGAGCGUUACGAUACAUUGAACAGGCACUGUGACGCUAUAGGCAUAAUAAUAUUGCAUAGUAACAUAAAACAAACAAAUGAAACGCGCUUUGCAGGUAACAUUUUGAGCAAACAAGGCUUACUAGAUGUAUAAAACGGAACCUGUUGUUUCUGUUGUAACAUUAAUCUUUAACAACAAUCGCGAAAUGAUUGCUAUAAAAACACGCGCGCUAGAGGUCAGUCCUUACGAACUACUAAAACCACACACACACAUACUUGAACAAUCAUGUUGAACCUUUUAUAGAUCCUGUUCGUCAUCUAUGGUAGUUUGUUGUUAUCGAUGGGUUGUUUUCAACAAAUCUGUUUCUGUUUAGAGAAAUCAAAAGUAGAUUAUCCCAUUAUCACAGGGUGCGACUUUUUCGUUUGCCCUCAUUCAGAAUUGGAUGUUUUUUCAGUAUCUUACAUGCAAAACCAACACAACCCAACCCAGGAGCCUCGUUGUAGUGGUAGGUACCCGUCAACCAUCGCAUUCUCGUACUCUACUCUAACCACAUAACAGAAAACCAUUUUUCUCUAAUCACGUUCUCAAUGUGCAACAUCUAAACUUAUACACACAUAUAAAACAAACAGUAAAAACGCUAGAUGGCGCCUUGUUAGAAACGAGUAGAUAACACAUAGUAUGUGCGGAAAAGUUGAAGUUACCUUAUUUCUAGGAACGCCGCGUUGUAUUAUUGCGUUUCCAGCUUACCACUUCACCAAUCACAACUGUCACCCUAGAAAUACAAACUCGUAAAACAAUGGAUUUGAUCCAGUACUAGACGAUAAUCCAGAAAACAGAGGGAAAUUGUUUCUGUUUUCGCUACUUAUUUUUUAUUCUUUUGAUAGUAAACAGGAGCGAAUAUUAUUUUACUUCCGGUUACUCUGGAAAAACGGGGAUAAAAUCGAAUAUUGGAACAAAACUAAUACUCUAAAAAAAUGCAAUACAGGGCUAUUUCCCUGCAGUUUCUCGACGAAACGUCGAAUGCUUCAACUGAUAUCCCCAUCGUAAUUCAGAUUACAUUCUUUAUACACAGAUUUUUCGGAAACAAAAACAUAAAAACUAGCAACCCUGAAAAUGAUCAUGGUAUAUAUAGGUGUGGCAGAACACACGGUUUGCUAGUGCUGGCCACCAAAACUAUGUAAACAAUCCAGAAGCACAACGGGUCGAUGUUAUAGCGUUCACACAAUUCAAUGGGAGCAGAACGAAUGGUAUGACGAAAGCAAGUCGAUUUAUUCUGUGAUCACUCACACCACUCACGCAAGAUUCAUUUUACGAAUAUCAAAGUGCCAUCUUUGCCAUACCUGUAUAUACAACAUUGAUACAAACUAACAUCACGGAAGCAGGGAUACCAGGUAAAUUUUUCAAAUGUCUUCACAUUUCAUAAAAAAUGUCUUCAUUUGUCUUCACUGACCAGGAUUCUGAAUCGGCUUUUGAUUUUGAGCCAGAAAUCGGUCAAGACAUACGAAAAAAAUUGUCAUAAAAAUGAAACACUAGUCUUCACUGCCCUUUUCAAAUGUCUUUAAAAUGGAGUUAUGUCUUCACAUCUGGCAUCGCUGCACGGAAGUUCACAUUAAAGAGACUAGAAUAACAAAGAGACGCCAUCUUAAUUCAGUGAAAACAAUGCAACUAGCAACCAGGCUACAGGUCACAGGCAACACAAAUGUGCAAACCUCACUAAACUUGUUUGUUGUUAUUCCGUUUGUUUCUGCUAACCAAUAUAAAAAUCCGAUGCGACUUCUGGUCUGCUGAGUUCCUCGACUAGCUAAAACAUAGUUAUAUCCGCAGGAAUCGUAUUUUGCAGCAGCAAAACCAUAUUAGGCCAAAAUUUAUUAUUUGCAUCAUUUGGUAUUCGUUACCCUCAUGCUGAAUUUCGUGCUCCCAUCAAACCAAGCCCUUUUCUCUUUAGCGUUUCUAAACACGAUGGUAUUGUAACAAAUUUGGUUUGAGGAUAAAAUUUUUAUCUUGAAAAUCUUUAGUAAUUUUAAUGAAUUGCAUAACAAUACUUCCUUAACAACAAUACCACAUAAUGCUAAACAUUUACGAUUGAUAACUCUCUUGUUCGUUUGAAAUGACAUUGACAGUAAAAUUGGAAUUCCAAACGGAACAUGGCGUCUCUUUGUUAUUCUAGUCUCUUUAGUUCACAUAACCCAGUAAAAUCCAUCCGGAAAGCGGUAUGAAAUUCUGGCUGGUUUCCGCUGGAAUUCCGGCUCUAACCAGAUGGUAUUCCGGCAGCUUUAACUGAAAAGUUUUGCUUGGCCGUUCCCUCUACACUACCUCACAGAACUAUCAGGCUAGUUUUGGUUUAGAGCAGGCUAGGUAGAGAUUGACCAAGAGGAAUUUGACGUAUCCAAAUGAUCAUAAAUCUGACGUAUUUGUAUAGCGAAUAUGUCAAAUUUCAUGUUCGUUUGGAUACAUUAACUUUCCAUUUGGUUUCAACUUUUUAACGUUUCGCUAAUCUGGGUGUAGAUGUGUAAUACAGACAUAUUGCGGUAGUUGGGCUCUUUUUCAACCAGGUUGCUACUUUUUAGACAAGUAUCCGCUUGAGCCAAGCCAAGAAACCGGAUGUAAAAAACUCAUGUCGAACAAAAAUGAAAAAAAUCGAAUAAAAUUCCAGAACAUUCCAAACAAAAAUACAAAUAAUCUGUUAUUGCAAGCAAAGUUUUCUUAAUCCGUCGAAAUCUAAGUUUUUUGUAACUAAAAUGCUAUUUAGACUCUGAGUGAACGUGAAUGUGAAAUCGACUCACACAGAAAUGUCAAUUUAAAGAUCUCAAUUAUUAUUAUUAUUUAUUUAUACGAUAUACGAUAAUUGGAUGAAAUCUGAUCAACGAUCCUUCUCCAUAGCACUCGGUCCGCGGCUGCCUCUCUCCACCCACGGUUGCGUUCGAUACCUUCCAGAUCUUGCUACACCUGGUCAGCCCACCUAGCCCACUGCGCUCCUCGUCGUUUUUUACUCGCCGGAUUCGAGCCGAACACAAUUUUAGCAGGGUUGUAGUCCGGCUUUUUCGCAACGUGCCCUGCCCAUCGUAACCUUCCGGUUUUGGCCAGCUUCCGGAUACUUGGUUCACCGUAGAGCCUGAAGAGCUCGUGGUUCAUCCUUCGCCUCCACACACCGUUCUUCUGCACGCCGCCAAAGAUAGUCCUAAGCACACGGCGCUCCAAGACUCCGAGUGCUUGCAGGUCCUCCUCGACCAUGAUCCAGGUUUUGUACCCGUAGAGGACCACCGGUUUUAUCGACGUUCAGUACAUGGUACACUUAGUGCGUGGGUAAUUUUUUCGAUUGUAGUUUUUUUGAGCCCAUAGCAGGCACGACUUCCAUUGAUGAUGCAUAUUCGGAUUUCAUGACUAUAUAUAUAUAUAUGACAUACUCCACUAUCUCGAAUACAUCCCCGUCGACCGUAACACUGCUUCAAUGCAUCGCAAAGUAUGCGAAUGCAUCCGAUGAUGUUGAGAGACCUACAGUUCUACGUCCCGAGUUUCCAACCGGUAGUCCUUAUUGUUUGCCAUGAUCAUCGCCGAUUGUACCGGUCCGUAUAAUCUUGUAAAUUGUUUAGUUUAUGGCUGGCUUACAAGGCCUGACACUAACCCCCUAACAUUCCGGGGGACCAUGGUGCAUAGUUUAGCUUAGAGUCCCUCGCUGACACUUAGACGAUGAUCAGCCGCCCCUAACAUGGGGAAAAGACGGUGUUGCGGACCGCUCCUAACAUGGAGAACAGACGCUCCGCCUCAGAUUUGCCGAAGAACAAAACGGUAAAACUAGCAUCCAUGAGCAAUGCAUAUACUGACAUAACGGAAGAUCUCAUAAGCUUCCAUUUCUACUUCCCCUCACAAAACUUUCAUGCUCGUUUGGCUAAACUUUAUGACACUUAGCUAGUCUGUGUAUGAAAAGUCUGUAGCACUGUUUAUUUGCGACGAGAAAAAUACAAAAUAUUCUUGGAAAUGACUGACAUCGCUGUCUUGAACUAAAAAUAGGUUGGCAUCCAUUUGAGAGAGAGAAUUUCGGCUGAGACCUUUUCCACUGGCACUAAGCCACAGUUUUCUUAUUUUUCAUCGAAAGCCCUUCAAUUUCUAAAGUCAUUCUAACAAGAGCAGAUUCUUUAGUUGAUUGUAGAUAGAUCAAGGGGGCAUUAAAAAUGUAACGCACAUGAAUUGGAACCUAUUAAGAACAAGUUAGGGAUCAUGUCAUUAACAUAACAUCAAAAUAAUACAAUACAAUUCGGAGUUGCUGAAUUAUGUUAUGUUCGUGAAUUUCGUGAAAUUUAUUCUUCAGAGCGUGCAAAAAACAAUCAAUGGCUGUAUCAUCAGCGAACUGUGACAGAACUUCACUUCCUUUGAUGCCCUGCAAGGGAAUACAGGGUGUCUCAGAAUAAGUCGUCAAAACCAAAACAAAUCAAUUUUAUUUUCAUUCUGAAGAUCCUGCGAAAUGCGUCUGUCUGCUUACCAAACUAUUACUUUCGACACAUUUUAAUAUUGUUCUAUAGCAAAUAAUAGCAAUAUCAAAUAGAUUCCUGGAAUACAUACGAUCAUUUUGUUGAUUGUGACUAUCCUGAAGAAGAAAAAAAAAUUCAUCCCGAAACAAAAUAUCGCAUUCACCAUGCCGGGCUUUAAAGUGUUUGUUUUUCGUAGCUUUAGCCUGCUUUUGACUCUCCGUCAAGCCGUGUACUACUUCUUGUAUGGUUUGCAUUUUAGGGCAUUUCUGAGAACCUUGUUCAUCGAUGCGUGAGAUAUUUGGAUCUUCCUUUCGUUCAAUACAACGGUCUUUGGCGAAAUUUUCAAACAAGGCAACAAUAUUGAAGGGUGUUCUGCAUCAAAAAUUGACUUGUAUAAACGUUGAAUGGAAAAGCUCUGCGCGCUUAGCAGUUCUUCAACAAAAACAGACUUUUAGUGACCAUUUUUGCAAACAAAUUUUUAGCAAAACAUCUAACAAAAAUCAUUGAUUGGACUAAUAGUUUUACUCUUACGAAGGAACGAUCUCCGAAAAUAGAGAGCUUCUUAUAAAAAAAAUAUUCCACGAAAACGACAAUUCCUUUUUCCAUGUAUUUUUAGCCCACAGCAUAUGCACAAACAUAGAAUUUAUUUUACAGGAUGCUAUCGCCGACAUAACAAACCCUUCUACUGGUGUAAUCCAUUUUCAAAUCCAACCAAAACAAAAACAUAGAUGCACAUAAACCAUUCGCCUGAUAGACGAAAGUGUGUUCAAAAUCCACCACAAUGCGAAAAAACCAUCAUUCCAACCAGUUCAUGCUAGCAAGUGUUCUGGCAGUGUAUAGAGUGUAAAUGUAUAGCGUAUUUCAGUACAUCAACCUCUCAUUAAAAUCCAGAAAAAAAAAUUAAUCACAAUCUACGGUAGAAUCAAGAACGUUUAAAAGUAUAGCCGCUUGGGCUACGGGAACUAAAAACAGCCUACUGCGCCCUGCUAGAAGAAGCACGCUAACAAAAACGAAUAGAGAAAAAUGUCAAAACUGAAUUAACCGUCUUUCCGUGUGCAAAUUUGACUUUGUUUCAUUCGUUUUGUUUUACGAUAAUGUAGUACGACACUUAAAUAGCUACACCGUGCGACAAAUGGGAACUGAUUACAUCCCAUAACAAUGUGAAGAUAAGAUAGUUGUAAAGUAAGCAUUUUUCGAAAUCCAUUUUCAUUUAAUUAAAAUAUGAAAAUCAAAACAAGAAAAAAAAAUAAAGCGAAAACCAUAAUCUAGGCUUUUUAUAAGAGAUUUUCGUAAAAAAUCAUACAAAAACGCAAAAAAUAAGUACGCUAAACAUAGAUGUAAAUACGAGUGUUUAAAACUAAACAAAGUAUCGUAAUAACAGCAAAGCAGAACUUAAUUUUAGAUAAUACCGUGGUAAUACAAAAGGAAUACAACUCGAUAAGCAAAAACCAUCUGUUCAGCCAUUUUCAAACAAGUUCACAUACAGAAUAAAUACCAGUAAACAAUGAAGUAAAUGAAAAAAAAA